AUGGGAGCAAUUUUAUCGAAAAUUAGAGGCAAGGUCGGCCAGGCUAACGCCUCAGAAAAGAAAAAGGGUAUUAACUUAGAUGAGCACCCUAUUUUAAAGACCCUAACUUCGCAAAGAAAAGUUGAGGCCAUGUUGAGAGAGAGUGAUUUGAAAUCUCAGCUAAUGAAGGGAGUAUUCUCAAAGGAUAUCCAAAAGGUCCUCGGAGAACUUGACUAGAUCAAGUCUGAGGGCGACUAGAAAAAAUAUGAACAUGACUUAACCCUAGCAUUCUGGUUUUCAAUUCACAUUGAAAAUCUCGAAAUGUCAAAAUAACUCAUAGAUAGAGAGUUUCUGCUCAAGCAGUUAGUUGCCUGCGCUCUGAUUCAAAAAUAAGUGCUUGAAAACGAAGAAUCAGAAGAGGAGAGCGAGGGUAACAACUGGAAUGAUGAUGGCCCUCAAGACGAUAAUCAGUCUGGGGAGUAAGAAAGUUAAAACCUCACUGAGGAAGAAAAAGAAAAAGACGAUUAGAAUCAUUUGCAGCUUGAAGGAGGAGAAUCAGAUGAUGAAAUGAUGGACGAAGACAAGAAAGAAGAUGACGAGCCUACUCUUACUCUCAAACCACCAGCAUAUGGUCACUCCGAACUUGCAGCAGCUUUGAAAAAAGCACAGCAAAUGAAAGAAGAGCAAAGAAAGCUAGAAGAGGAGAAGCAAAGUGCGGAGACUCUGGCUGCUAUCGGUAUCGAUGAGGAAACAAUUAACCGCACCUAGCUAAAGGACUAGGCUGAGCUCUUAAGAGUAAAGACCAGCUUUAGAGCUAAAUUCCACAAUCUAAUGACCAACGUGCUUAAAAUCUCACUUCAAAAGGAAGAGGAGAAGCUGGCAUGUAUCAUCAUAGCUUAUUAUGAAGUCGUUCUCGAAGAGGAGAUGAUAAUCAGAGCCAUUACCUAGAACAACUAUGAAUUCCUUCAGUUCACUUGGGCCUUCGAUAAGAACUAUAUUGGCAUUAGAAAUAAAAAUGAUGCAAUGUUUAUUCAUUACGAACAGCUAUUUGAUCUCAUCAAGAAGAACAGAUUUGUAGAGAAGGAUCUAGGCCCUAGAGCAGAAUAAGUAGCUCUAUACAGAGAUGACUUUAGAAAAGUGCUUGAGUGGAAAAUCAUCUCUCUUGAUAACAUUCUAAAAGCUCUGCUUAUUCACCAUGAAGAUGAGUUGGCAGUUGAAUAUAUGGGAUACUAUUCUCAUUUCUUAGACAAAGAACUCUUCAUCCAUUGCAUGAGAAAUGGUAAUACUGAGUUUUUACAGCAAGCGCUGCUAUUAGCUGCUUUUGAUAAGAUGAUCUUCAGAGAAGAUUCAGUCAUCACAGAAAUUCUUGAAAUUCUAAGUUAGGGUCAUAGAACCAAUUUCCUCAUGAAUGUUCUGACACUAGUUGAUAUCUCAGUCUGGAAGAACAAGCACUUGAAGGAGCUUGUAGAAAUCAUCAGUGACUACGUCGAGGAAAACUACGAUAAAAACAGGCUGCUGCUUUCACCUAAUCCACUGUAAAGUAUCACCCUAGCUGCUGAACUUUUGAAAAAGGUUGCCAAUUCAAGAAGGAAGUUCGAAAACGAGUGUAAUAAGAUUCAAAAUCAAUUGCUAGAACUCGGAAAAAUGUAUUCAUCUAAGAUUGAGGAUGAGAAAUAUUAUGAGAGCUUGAUUAUGGGAGUCGACUUCAGAGGUAGAACUGUACUAAAGACUAUCACUCAAAACACAUUUGAACCACUCAUGGAUGAAGAGGAUCCAAAGGCCGAAAACUUGAUGGUUAUGAUCUGGCAUGGUAAUGAUGCUACUAAGUGCGAUGGUAACAUUUUUGGUUACUCAAAUCUUAGUCAUAUUAUCAUGACUAGAGCUAAGAAGUAAUCUGGCAAGAACUAGACUCUAAUGAGCAUGAUAACUAACAGCUACAAUGCCAACUUCAAAGUUGACUACAGUUUCUAGUAUACUUAUAGGUCUCAGGCUAUCAGCUUCUACUUCUAUAAAGAAUUUUUCUGUGCUCUUGCAAUGCUUGUUAUCUUCUAAUACAUCAAUUAUCAAUAUCUCAUUCUCUUUUCCAACAACUACAUUAACAGUGAUGAUACAGCUGACUCUGCUACACCAACAACAGAAACAAGUAUCAAUAGGAUUAUCAGAAGUGUCAGAGAGUAUGUGGACUGGAACUUCUUCGCCCUGUUCUUUUCCUGCGCCCUUAUAUUCCAAAUGAUCCUUAAAAUUUUAUUUAACAUUUGCGCUAGGCAAAGGAUUGGAGUUGAUAAGUGGACAAUUAUGGAUAGUUUAAGUGCUAUUCUUAACAUUGCUGCUGUCCAAGUCAUUCAGAGAGUACCUCCUGAGACCUAUCUCAAGCCAAAGAUGAAAGAUCUCAUUGACUACUUUAUGAUUCUUGUGCUCUGCGUCUGCUGGCUCAGAUUUUUCGUGUACUUCUUGGUCGUGAGGUCUAUUUCAAAGCUUUUGCUCACACUUUUGGCUAUGAUUGGCGAUACAUUGAGUUUCAUGUUCAUCGUGUGCUGCUUUAUCCUUAUUAUGGCUUCAGUUUUCACUACAUUGUAUCAAGACACCAAUCCUGAAAAGUAUGGAGGUCUCGCUUUGACUGUAAGAACUCUAUUCGAUGCAGCUAUCGGUCAAUAUGACUACGAAAAUAUGGAGGGAAGAGAGCUAUCUCACUCUAUAUUAUUGAUCGGCCACGUAUUUUUCUCUAACAUUUUGCUGAUGAAUUACCUGAUCGCUAUUUUGUCAACAACUUAUGAAAACAUGAAGCAAUCAGGUAUCUUCAGAUACAAAGUCAACCUUUACAAGUAUUGCGAGAGAUUUAUGAUAGCAUUCGCUGAUAGAGACUAUGGUGAGAUCGUCCUACAUCCCCCUCCAGUUAGUUACCUCAGUGCUAUGAUGAUUCCAUUCCUGGUUAGCAGAAAGGCGAUGAUGUAUAUCAGUAAAGGGUUUUCAUAUAUGAUGUACUGGCUUGAAAAUAUCUUCUUUGUAAUGGCAUUUGCUGGGUUUGAAUUAGCAAUCCUGCCAAUCGCAUACAUCAAGGUGUGGAUAAACAUCAUCAAGAAUUCAAUGGGUGUUCUGAAUACUAUUGUUAACUGCUUGGUGUGGCUUCUCAUUGGAAUAUUCAUGAUGAUAUUCCUACUGUUCAGAGAUGUGCUUAAUCUCUUAAUAAUCCUUUCAUAUCAUAACGGAUGUAAGAAGGCCUCUGCUCAAGCUGUUGAAGAUCUAAACAUUGAGGACAAUAAGAUCAAAGUAUACAAUGAAACCAGAGCAACAGUCAUCUCAUUGUAUUAAAGACUUCAAAAGCACAUGAGACAAGAGUAGAUUGAUGAUAAUGACGAAGACAUGGACUUUGAUGAUGACAUUUUCCCAAUCAAGGAUGAUGAGAACAUGAAUGAAGACUUCCUCUACGUUGUCAAGAAAUCCCUCAUUAUAGAUGAGUGGAAAAAGAGAAGAACAAACAGUGUCAAGCAAAAGAAAAUUCAAGAGAAGUUAGCUGGAAACAAGUCAAGUGCGCUUGGUAACCUCAUGGCUGUGAGUUUCAGAAAGCAACUCUAAAGGUAAGCAUCAGGCUUGAAUGUUAAGAACAGCAAACAAGGUGCUCUUCCAAAUGAAAAGGACUCUCUUUGGGGAGGACUUAGAGGCUCGCAAAAUAUGAAGGCGAAUCAGUAGAACAGACCAAAGGAUCUUACCAAUCAUCUCAGAGUUGUCUUCUUGGACAGACUUAAGAAUAGUGCAGUCAACUAGAACGAUGGAGAUGAUGUCGAUAUGAGUGAUUUCGCAAUAGAAGAAUCCGAAAUUUAACUCGUAGAUGAAUUCCUAACUAAGUUCACUAUUGUCUCUGAAAGCUCUAUGAAUGAACAUCUUGAUAUCAUGCUCAUGCUUAAAGCUCUGCCUAACAAAGUCAUGAGAAACUCACUCAAGCAAACUGAUCUCUUUAACUUUAGAAUUUUCCAGGAAUCUCUUAUCGCCUAUCAAAAUCUUGAUAUUGUUAAUGCUUUCGAGUACUUCGAUGAUAAAAACAGAGAAAGAGUGCAAAACGUCAAGGACAAACUGAUGAACCAAAGAACUAACCUAAACGAUGUUAAAGAUAUUCUUGAUCUAGUCAAGAUUAAGAUAGAGAGAAACGAGUAGUACUUCCAACAGCAAAAAGGCAUGACCAGUCCCGCAAAUGGAGAGAGUGCACCUAAGAUAACGUCGGGAAACCUCAAAUGA